UUUUGUUUUUUGUUUUUUGGGUCUGCAUUUCAAUAUUGAAAAUGAGGAAAAGAUAGAAUAAUAUCAAAGAACCCAGCAAACAAGCCGAUUUUCAGCCACGCUUUCACAGAAAAAUCUGGAAUUCUCAUUCUCUCGCUCUCUCUCUCUCUCUCUCUCCCUCUCUCUGAAUACUACUACAAUAAACAGAGGCCCUCAUUCCACUCAAAUAUUUUCAGAAUCUUCUCACCACAAAUUUAUCUUUCUUUUUCUCUGCAUCUUCUACUACUUUCCGAUUCCCUCAGCAACUCGCUAAGAAACUGAGCACUAAGAAGAGCACACCCAUUAUCAUUUUCAUCAUAAGCAUGUGCUUGAUAGACGCAGAACAGCUUGGUCAAGAAAUGGGGAAUAUGGAGAAUAAUAACAUCAAUACCAACAACAAUAACAAGCACUGGCCUUUGCAAUGUGAAAUCUUGCACAACCAGACGGACAAUUUGGACAAGGAAACUCCUUUCAUCAGCUCCAGUCUUCAGAAAACCAUGUUAAACUCAUUUCAACUCGAAAGCAUAUGUGAGGAUACAGUGGUUGUAGACAGAAAACAGAGCCUGCUGAACUUGUUCCCUUCCCUUCGGUCAGGAGAGUGGUCUGACAUUGGGGGUCGAACCCAUAUGGAGGAUACUCAUAUAUGCAUUGGUGACUUAGCUAAAAAGUUUGAUUAUAAUGUACUCAGUGAGGGAGCUAUCUCCUUCUAUGGUGUAUUUGAUGGCCAUGGAGGAAAGGAUGCAGCACAAUUUGUUCGUGACAAUUUGCCAAGAGUAGUUGUUGAGGAUGCUGACUUUCCAUUAGAACUUGAAAAGGUGAUAACAAGGUCAUUUAUGGAGACAGACGCUGCAUUUGCAAAAACGUGCUCCCUUGAGUCUUCCCAUGCAUCUGGAACAACUGCACUCACUGCAAUGAUAUUUGGGAGGUCUUUGCUUGUGGCAAAUGCUGGAGAUUGCCGGGCUGUAUUGUCACGAUGUGGAGCGGCUGUAGAAAUGUCAAAAGAUCAUAGGCCCUGCUGCACAAAAGAAAGAAUGCGGAUUGAAUCCUUGGGUGGAUAUAUUGAUGAUGGUUAUCUAAAUGGUCAGUUAGGUGUCACCCGUGCAUUAGGUGAUUGGCAUCUUGAAGGAAUGAAGGGUGGGGGUGAAAGGGGAGGACCCUUAAGUGCUGAACCAGAACUCAAAUUAAUGACACUGACCAAGGAUGAUGAGUUUUUGAUCAUUGGUAGUGACGGAAUAUGGGAGAUGUUCACCAGCCAAAAUGCUGUUGAUUUUGCUCGAAGGAGACUCCAAGAGCACAAUGAUGUGAAGUUGUGCUGCAAGGAAAUAGUAGAGGAGGCAAUAAAGCGUGGAGCAAGCGAUAAUUUGACACUGGUUAUGGUGAGUUUCCACUUGGAGCCUCCUCCACAUGUGGUGGUAGAGAGGUCUAGAGUCAGACGAAGCAUUUCUGCUGAAGGACUUCAGAAUCUCAAAUUCUUCUUAGAAGAAUAGAAUUACUUGUUUAUGAGUUGAUGUUCCCUUGAUGGGCAAAGGUCCGAACCGGUAGCAAUAAUACUUAGAAAAUGGAUGGGAGUUCGGCUUGUGUAUAUAUAUAUUCAUCCAGAAAGGGACUGCCACUUUGCUUCCUUCUAUAUCCGGUGCACCAAUCUGUUCCAGAGAAGAUGGAAGGAUAAAGAAGACAUUCGUAUCAUCAGGCUUUGGAAUAACCACUUGUACCCUAUUGGCAGAGAAUGGAGUUAAAAUCUUAUUUUGUGUUGUAUAACUGAGGUAGACAGGCAGGCCUGAUUUUGUGGAGAGGCUGUUCUGUUAUUGUACCUUUGUUUUUCAAGGUAUAUGCAGAUGUGUAGUGUACAUUUAUUUGUCAGAACUCCUUCCAUGUUUUGUAAUACUUAUAAUUGUUAUACAAAGUCCAAGGUUUAAGCUUCACUUCGUUA